AUGCGGUCGUCCAAGGUCGGUGUCGAGCGCGGCCCGUCGCCGGAUGCUGUGCCGCGAUUUGCAGUGGCGUACCACAUGGGCGCUUUAGCACUCAGCGUCCUCGUCUCGUGCUUGAUUGUUGCCAUGCCGUUUGAAGCGUACAUUUCCGAAACACUGCCGUGGGCAACCGCACUACCCGUGCCCCACGACUUCAGUAACCUCACGCGCUUCAACCAAACGGCCCUCGCGAUGCACCAAGCGCUCUACACCCGCUCGACGCUGCCGCUCGGCGCACCGUACUAUUUCGACGCCUCUCGCAACGCCCACGUGUGCCGCCACGUCAUUUCAACGACCAGCCCGCUGCUCUUCUCGGAGCUCCCGGGGGUUCUCUUUUACGGCCGCGCGAUGCUUGAGCUCCUGCAAGCCUUUGCUAACGACACGGGUGCCUCCUCUUCUUGGCAUGGACGCGGCACGUGUGUUGUCGUGAGCUUCAUUGCGGUACCGCUCUCACACCAAUGCAUUUGGCUCUCGAGCGGCAACGACCUAACCAACACGACGCAUGACGACUUUACGCUGACGUAUGCACUGACGCAGUAUCCGUACCCGGUGCUCGUUUGGUUCAAAUUUACGUGGCGUCUUGGCACCACAGCGUUCCUUCUGCUGCUGCUGUGGCGCCGGUACUAUAGCUUGUGCAAAGAUAUGGCCACCGCGCUGACGCUGCGUGGUCACCGGGACGACUUGGCGCGAGAUGCGUUGUGGCACUACGUGGUCGUCCUCGGCGAUCCGACGGCACCGCUGGCCCUUGAUGCCUAUGUCGUCACGGCCUUCUUCGUUGAUUUCUCGCUCAGUCCACACAUGGUCGCCGUUGCAGUGUUGCGUCUGCUUCAAGUCGACGAUCUCUGGGCGACGCUCAAAGCGGCCUUGUAUCUGCGUCGCAUGGUGUGGUUUGCGUGCUUUGCGCUCACAACGACCAACGCAUUCCUCAAGCGGUACCACCUCGAGCGCUUCUUCCUCCAAGUCGACCCAACGCUCCAAACCGUCGUCCCGAGCUUCUUGACAGCGUACCAGUACCUUCUUUGGUGUCUCUUCCCGACCACUUAUGCAUAUCGGAUCGAAGUCGCGAUCGUUGGCUCUGCUUACAUUGUGAUCAUUGCCAUGGCGCCGCUGCUCUAUGGCGCCGUGGGGCUCUGGCGCCGGCAGCGCCCGUCGACCAUGCGCUACAGCAGCGCCCGCUACAACGCACUGACCAGCCGCCUCCUCCUCUCGUGCAUUCGACCGCUGCAAAUGCAAGACGAGCGGGGCCUUGGCGGCAGCAUUCAUGCGCUUUGUGAAGCAAACGCGCGCUACAAGGCACUACCUGUCAUCAACACGGGCAGCUCGGACUGUUUUGUACUCUGCUACUGCAACCACCGACUCGAGGCCACGCUCCGACUCACUCUCGUCGAGUACCUCGAUCUGCAAAGCGACGAGCCCCAUCUUUGCGUCGUCUCUGGCGUCUCGACGUCGCGCUUCAACGAGCUCGAGCAGCCGAGUCGACAAGCAUCCAACGAGAAACUCUCACGGCCGCGGCUGCUGCGCGCGCGUUCUCCAUCACCGUGGUGCCUGUGA